CGUGCAAUCACAAUAAAGUCCCUCACGAGCCUCCUCACACAGAGAGGUUCAUUAAUGUGUCACACCCUCACCUCGCUGUGCGUGGUCUUGAGUUGGAACUCAGAAUGGAGCUGGACCCGAAUCACUUCUGCUGUUCAGUAUGUCUGGACCUGCUGAAGGACCCUGUCACCAUUCCCUGUGGGCACAGUUACUGCAAAAGCUGUAUUGAAGGUUUCUGGGACCAGAAUGAAGAGAAGGGGGACUACAGUUGUCCCCAGUGUCGGGAGAGCUUCAGUCCGAGGCCUGUGGUGAGGAGGAAUAACAUUCUGGCUAAGGUUGUGGAGACGUUAAAGAGCAAGGAUACACUCCAGGCGUCUUCCAAUAGUGCUGGGGCCUGCGCCAGCCCGGCAGACAUCUCCUGUGACUUCUGCUGCGGGACCGAUCCCAACAAAGCCACCAUGUCCUGCCUGACGUGCGUGGCUUCCUACUGCCCCGCUCACCUCGAGCCUCACUACAGCGUUCCUGUGUUGAAGAAGCACCAGCUGGUCUCGGCUACGGUCCCACUGCAGAAGAAGACUUGCGCCAAGCACAACAAGCUGAUGGAGGUCUACUGCAGGACGGACAAGAUGUGUAUCUGCUGUCUGUGCAUGAUAGAGAAGCAUCACUUCCAUCAUACGGUGUCUGCUGCAGCAGAGAGGAUUGAACAACAGAAGCAGCUGACUGAGAGCCAAAAGAAAGUCCAGGAGAGAGGAAAGGACAGGGAAAAGGAGCUGAAGGAGUUGCUGGAAGCCCUGAAGGAUUUCAAGAAAAGCAGCCAGACUGCAGUAGAGACCAGCGAUAAGAUCUUUGGUGAGCUGAUCUGGUACAUACAGAAAAACUGCUCUUUGGCAAAGCUGCUGAUCACUACCCAGGAGAAGACGGCGGUCGCUCAGGCCGAGGGGCUACAGCUCCAGCUGGAGGAGGAGAUCGCCAAGCUGAAGAAGAGAGACGCAGAGCUGGAACAGAUUUCUCAUGUUGAAGACAACAUCCAUUUCAUCCAGACGUUCCAGUCCCUGUCUGCCUCCUGUGAAUCCCCAGACUUGCCCAGUGGUCUUGUUGUCCGCCCCAAACAUACGUUCAAAGUUGUGACAGACUGCAUGUCCAAACUGAAGGAGACCAUAGCGAGCCUCCUGAAGGAAACAAAGCCCAGCAUCACAACCAAAGUGUCUGCUGUAAAUGUUUUGCUGCAGCCUGAGCCAAAGACCAGAGAAGAGUUUUUACGCUAUCAACUUCCGUUACGACUGCAUCCAGGCUUUUUCUCUCAAAACAUGACCCUUUCCAAUGGCAACCUGCGGGCAACGUAUUGCGCGGCGCAAACGAAUGCGUCUCAUAGUUGCAUAAUAAAGAGAAAUACCGAGCAGGUGUGGGGCAGGGAGGCUUUGACCGAGCGAUGUUACUGGGAGGUCCGUUUGCAUGGUAGUACUUGGUGUGUGGCGGUCUCUUACGAAGAUGCCAUUGGAGCAUUUUCAUAUCACUCUGAGUUUGGGCGGGAUAAAAGGUCCUGGAGUUUAGAGUGCUCAAGCAAAGGCUGCUCUUUCAAACACAACGACCAAAGCAAGAAUGUGUCCGGCUCUGUCUGCUACUCACAGAUCGGAGUGUUCUUGGAUUACCUAGAAGGCACUGUGUCCUUCUAUGGCAUCUGUAGCACGUUGCGGAUUUUGCUUCACAGAGUACACACCACCUUCACUGAACCUCUCUAUCCAUGCAUCGGGUUCAAGGUAGAUGGGUCUCAGGAAGGUGAAGCUUAUCAUGCAGAACUGGUCAAGAUGUAGUGAGAACUUUCAUUUGAAGUGAGUUGCCGGGCGUCACUGUUGACCAGGCUGUCGUGAAACAUGUCGGAGGCCGGACAUUACACUGUUUGCCUCAGGCAUCACACUGAGGGUGAAGGGCUCAACUGUUGCUGAUAAAUCCUUAUUAAUACAUCUUUGAAAACAAGAUCAGUGACAUCUAGAGGAACACUAAGCUAGAUCUUUUUUUUUUUUUUUUUGGGAGCCAUGUUUGUUUUUUAAAUUGGUUACGGACAGAACAGUUGUUCAGUUCUCUAACAAAAAAAGUAUGUUACAUAACACUAUCGAACAACUAUGUUGGUGGCAUUCAUUUACUUCCACAGUGAUAGCAUCUAUAGCUAGGAAGUGGCGGAAAGCUAACUUUUUUUUGAUGGUAGUUAAAAGAGUUAUUGUGGUUUCAGUUUAAAAAACAGCUAGAUGUCCAAACAAGGUUUCAGUGUUGGCAACUGAAAUGAUAAGGAAAAUGUUGCAAAAUAUGAAUCUUUUUGUUGCUGUUGUUGAUGCAACAUAUUGCAACUUAGCUAUGUUCAGUCAACUGUAAAUGUUAGCAUUCAACCAAAGUUCCUAGCUUACAUUACCAUAAGCUAGAUGUUGACAACCAUUUUUCUUUUGUAUCCUAUAACAUCAAACAGUAAUGUUAGCCUUAAGUCACAAAGUUAAGCUAACAGUGACAGGAAGUAGUUAUUUGCUGUUGUCUCAUGGUGUGUUACAGUUGAACAUAUGAUGUUCAGAAUGCCUUGUAAUCACUCAUUAGCUAUACUGAAUGUUAGCUAACAACAACUCUUAACUGAUGAAACCACAGAAGGUUUAUCAAGUCUUUACUUUUGAAGAUUUUUUUUUUGUUCUUUUCUAUGUGUUCAAUUUUGCUGUUGCUUGUGAGUUAUAAUUCAAUUAAAGAGUGUGUGAAUACAUUUCA